AUGAGCUCCAGAAAGACCUCUACCAUCUCUGAAAGGCGCUCACAGUAUCCUCUUCAUGAACGACUCAUUGUUUACAAUUCCGAGUCCAUGCAGCGCAUGAUUGAUAACAAGAGCAGUAGCCCGAUACCCUUAGCCAAUCCUACCACUUCUACAUUUGUGGUCAAUGGUGUCAAUAUCCUCAACAAAAACAGUCUGGACAGUGAUACAGUAAUGCACCGUAUUAUGCAAAGAAGACAAACCCACAACAGAGUAGAACGUAGAAGAAGAGAUCGAAUGAACAACUUAUUUCAUGAUUUAUCAAAAUGCUUGCCUGCACUGCAACACAAGACAGAGAAUAGUCGCGCUGACAUUUUGCAAGAAGCCAUCGAGCAUAUCAAACAGCUUACAGAUGAAAACCAUCGGCUGAAACAUCAUGGCUCUAUCUCCCAGGUGCCACAUCUGUACGAAGAUGAUUCAGAUUCUGUUACAAGCAGCAGUAGUAGUGAAAAUAAUGAUAUAACCUGUAAAAGUAGUUCCUAUGUGUCAUCAUUACCACACUUGCCAUCUAUCUCCUCGUUAACGUCAAGAGCGGAUCAGUUGGAGCCAAAGAAGCCAACGACGACUCAACCACAGAGCCAGUUUGAAUCCAUCCUGUCAUUCCCAAAAGUAUUUAAAUAA